AUGUCUCAAGGGUUACCUGGAGACAAAGAGAGGUACCGCUGCCUGAAGAGCUGGCUCUGCAGCCAGAAGGUUUCCCGACGACGACGUCAAGAAAAACCAGACCCUGCCUCGCCCUCCCACCGCGUCAAGGUGGAAGCAGGUGGACGUCUGCCACGUCUCACCAGAAAAACUCCCUCUCCUGGUGCCCUCCCCCGCCAAGGGGCAACGAGUGCUGCGUUUUGGGAUGGUGGCGUGGCAGCGCCCCGCGCUCCGACGGGACGCGCGCGGCGGAGGGUCCACAAGGUACUCAAGCUGGGAAGGAAUCCCGCCUCCCGACACUCCCGCCGCAGAGGACGGCGGAUGAGAGGAAGGGGCUCAGGCCUCCAAACCCUGUCCCGGGUAGUGAUGCCGGGGCCAGCUCUGGGCGGGGGCUCUUGGAAGUGGCCCCUUUCCAGCCCGCAGGACAAGGAGACCAUCUGGUCACUCGGGUCCUCCCCAGGUCCCGCCAGAAGUCAGGCUCUCCUGCGGAGUAAGGGAGGAGCUCGGCGCUCGACUCCCCGCGCCUUGCAGCGGCCGGGCUCUGCGCUCGAGGCAUCGCGCCUGGCCCCGCCCCGGGCGGCGACGCGCACUCGGCGGCGGCGCGCACUCGGCGGCGGCGGCCCCAGGUCUCAGGCGCUGUGA